AGGGUUGCGUGGCUCGUGCGCAACCGCGUAUGCAGCUCCAUCCUCGUCUGCGAUCGUCAAACUGUUUUAUACCACUGUGUCUCACAGACUACCAAUAUCAAGACCAUAACCAACGUAAACUGUUAGUCAACAUUCAUAUCGAGAAUUGAUAACUCUCCAAAACAGAUUCCCACUGUGGAGCUAAAGAGAAGUUAUAAUUUCCUGAGUGUAUUUGCCUAUUGCUGGAACACGGACCGGACAGCUUUCGGAUUGUGUCAGUACUCCGGACUAUUUUCUCUUUUCCCAUCUACAACCCAUGUCGAGUGGCCGGUCCGUCCUGGAGGGCACAGGAGGAGCUAUGAACGGCGCCCUGCGCUCGGUUCGGAAGGGCAUCUCGUGUCGCUUCCAGGACACGAACUGCACGCGCAUCGUGGAGACGCUUUCCUCCUGGAAUGACACGGUGGUCAAUGAGUACCGGCUGGUGGAUCUGCCUUCUGUCACCUCUGUGGCCAUGGUGCAGGAAGCCUCUCGCCACCCCUUCCCCACUGUGGAUGUACCAGACCAUGUCCAUUACACCAUAGGGGUAGUCAUUCUGGCUAUCGGCAUCACUGGCAUGGUGGGCAACUUCCUGGUUAUCUAUGCCUUCAGCAGGAGCAAGUCACUGAGGACUCCGGCCAACAUGUUCAUCAUUAACCUGGCCGUCACUGACCUCCUGAUGUGCCUCACACAGGCACCCAUCUUCUUCACCACCUCCAUGCAUAAGAGAUGGAUCUUCGGAGAGAAAGGCUGUGAGCUGUAUGCGUUCUGUGGGGCUCUAUUUGGGAUCUGCUCUAUGAUCACUCUGAUGGUGAUAGCAGUGGACCGCUACUUUGUGAUUACACGUCCACUGGCCUCCAUCGGGGUGCUGUCCAAGAAACGAGCGCUGCUCAUCCUCAUGGCUGCCUGGGUCUACUCAUUGGGAUGGAGCCUGCCCCCUUUCUUUGGCUGGAGCGCCUAUGUUCCAGAGGGCCUGUUGACCUCCUGUUCAUGGGACUAUGUGACCUUUACCCCGUCAGUGCGUGCCUACACCAUGCUGCUCUUCACCUUUGUCUUCUUCAUCCCCCUGAUCGUCAUCAUGUACUGCUACUUUUUCAUCUUCAGAGCCAUACGUACAACGAACAGGGCUGUAUCCAAGAUCAACUGCAAUGGGAGCACCAGAGACUCAAUUAAGAGUUUCCGUCGGCUGAAGAAUGAGUGGAAGAUGGCUAAGAUUGCUCUGAUAGUCAUCCUCCUCUAUGUAAUCUCUUGGUCCCCAUACUCUGUUGUGGCCCUGACUGCAUUUGCAGGGUAUGCAGAUUUUCUGACCCCAUACAUGAACUCAGUUCCUGCUGUGAUCGCCAAGGCUUCAGCCAUUCACAACCCCAUCAUCUAUGCCAUCACCCACCCAAAGUACAGGAUGGCCAUAGCCAAGUACAUCCCGUGUCUGGGUGUGUUGCUGUGUGUACGUAGACGUGACCUGCGCUCCACCGAGAGCAGCUUCAUGUCCACCAGACGCUCCACUGUCACCAGCCAGACCUCCGACAUCAGCGAUCGCUUACGCCGCACCAGCACCGUCAAGUCCCGCCUCUCCUCCGCCUCCGACAGCGAAUCGGGCUGGACAGAUACGGAGGCUGACCUCUCCAGUAUGGGCUCCAGGCCGGCUAGCCGCCAGGUGUCCUGCGAUAUCGGCAAGGACACAACCGAGCUCCCAGCCCUCAAGCCUUACAGCUCCUCCAGCUUCAGCUCCAAGAUGAAGAGCCACGACUCUGGCAUUUUUGAGAAGGCUGGUGAUUCGUCAGAAGCCAUCGUAACGAGAGGAAUGAUUGGCCAGAUUCCCAGCAUCAUCAUCACCUCCGAGACCAGCCCUUUCUUACCUGUCCUUAGGGCCAGUUCCCGUGGUUCCCGUACAAGGCCAUCCAAUGGCAGUAUAGAUGUGGGGUCUGUUACUAAGGAGCCACAGGAGAAUGUCCAGCAGAGGGCCGGCUCCAAGCAUAAGUGACGUAAGCGGUCGCUUUGGGGCUCCGGCCGCCAUGGGGCCCCCGAAC